ACGGGAGACCGGCGCUAGUGCGGGCAGCAGCCGCCAGUCUCGCUCCAGCGCCGCGGGUGUGCAGGUUGCUGUGUUGUUCUCGCGGUCGCAGCCGUCGCUGGCCCUGGUUGCCCACAUCCGUGCCGCACGCACUUACACGCCCGGCAGCCGCGCCAUGAGGUCCACCGCGUGGCUCGCCUCGACGCUCGUCGCCGCGGUGCUCCUGCUCCUGCACGUGACGGCGAUGGCGGCCGAGGCGGCGGACGGCGGCCGCAUCCUCUUCCAAGGACCUGAGCCCGCCGAGGGACAGCAGCGGGUGCUGACGAGGCCCGGCGAGGGUGACAGGGAGCGAGGGGAGGACGACGACCCCGCCUCGCUGAGGAAGGUCGGCGACCACUACCAGCCCGGCUACUCGCUGGACUCGGCGUACGGCCAGUACUACGGCGACUCGCUGGGGGCCGCCACGUCUUCGGCCGACGCCUCCCAGGGGCUGGAGUUCAAGUACCACGACCACGAGCAGCUCACCAAGUUCCUGCGGACCACCUCCUCCAGGUUCCCCAACCUCACGGCGCUCUACUCCAUCGGCAAGUCCGUGCAGGGUCGUGACUUGUGGGUGAUGGUAGUGUCAGCGUCGCCCUACGAGCACAUGAUUGGCAAGCCUGAUGUGAAGUACGUGGCGAACAUGCACGGCAAUGAGGCGGUGGGACGGGAGCUGAUGCUGCACCUCAUACAAUACCUGGUGACCAGCUACAGCACCGACCCGUACAUCAAGUGGCUGCUGGACAACACCAGGAUCCACAUCCUGCCGUCCAUGAACCCGGACGGCUUCGAGGUGGCCCGGGAGAGCCAGUGCGACGGCGGGCAGGGCCGGUACAAUGCCCGGGGUUUCGACUUGAAUCGCAACUUUCCCGACUACUUCAAGCAGAACAACAAACGAGGACAACCCGAAACAGAUGCAGUGAAAGAGUGGAUAUCCAAAAUUCAGUUUGUGCUGUCUGGAGGAUUGCACGGUGGUGCACUCGUUGCCAGUUAUCCCUUUGAUAACACGCCAAACUCCAGCCCAGUAUUCCACAGCUACUCCUCCGCCCCGUCGCUGACGCCGGACGACGACGUGUUCAAGCACCUGGCGCUCACCUACUCCAGCAACCACCCGGUGAUGAAGCGCGGCGUGGCCUGCAAGGCGGGGACCCCGGCCUUCAACCAGGGGAUCACCAACGGAGCGGAGUGGUACCCCCUCAUAGGUGGGAUGCAGGACUUCAACUAUGUGUGGUACGGCUGCAUGGAGAUCACGCUAGAGCUGUCAUGCUGCAAGUACCCCCCUGCCGCAGAACUGCCCAAGUUUUGGGAAGAGAACAGGAUGCCGCUGGUGAAGUUCCUGGCAGAAGCUCACCGCGGGGUCCAGGGUUUCGUGAUGGACGAGAACGGCAACCCCGUCGAGAAGGCCUCCCUCAAGGUGAAAGGGCGGGACGUCGGCUUCCAGUCCACCAAGUACGGAGAGUUCUGGAGGAUCCUCCUGCCGGGCGUCUACAAGCUGGAGGUGUACGCGGACGGCUACGUUCCCCGGGAGAUGGACUUCAUGGUGGUGGACCAGCACCCGACGCUCCUCAACGUGACGCUGCACCCCACCAAGAGGCAAGACAACUUCUACAGACCGCAGCCGCACCACGUGUACUACCACCACGCCCAGGGGCCGCACAAGAAGCCAGAAGGAGGGGGCAUCUUCUCGUCCAUCAGCAGUGGCUUCAACAACCUCGUCAGCAACAUAUUCGGCUGAGCGGCUGGGCCCAGCGUUCAACCGGAGAGUGCAACGUGCAACGCCGCGGUUGGCGUGUACGCCUUCGCUCAGGCAACAGAACUCACUCGUGUAGUGUUUGUUAACUUAUCUUCUGGCGACACACGCUGUGUCUAAUAAAUAAUUACAGUGA